AUGCCUAUCUCCAAGAUCCACGCACGCUCCGUCUACGACUCCCGUGGUAACCCCACCGUCGAGGUCGACAUUGUCACCGRGACCGGCCUCCACCGCGCCAUUGUCCCAUCUGGUGCCUCUACCGGCUCCCACGAGGCCUGCGAGCUCCGCGAUGGCGACAAGAGCAAAUGGGGUGGCAAGGGUGUCACCAAGGCUGUCGCCAAUGUGAACGAGAAGAUUGCUCCAGCUCUCAUCAAGGAGAACCUCGAUGUCAAGGACCAGUCGGCCGUUGACGCUUUCCUCAACAAGCUCGAUGGCACCACCAACAAGACUGAACUCGGAGCCAACGCCAUCCUUGGUGUGUCCAUGGCUGUGGCCAAGGCUGCCGCUGCUGAGAAGAAGGUCCCCCUCUACGUCCACAUCAGCGACCUCGCUGGUACCAAGAAGCCAUAUGUCCUGCCCGUCCCAUUCAUGAACGUACUCAACGGUGGCUCCCACGCUGGUGGUCGUCUCGCCUUCCAGGAGUUCAUGGUCGUUCCCUGCGAAGCGCCUACCUUCACCGAGGCCAUGCGCCAGGGUGCUGAGGUCUACCAGAAACUCAAGUCUCUCGCCAAGAAGAAGUACGGCCAGUCCGCUGGUAACGUCGGUGACGAGGGUGGUGUUGCCCCUGACAUUCAGACCGCCGACGAGGCCCUGACCCUCAUCACCGAUGCCAUUGAGGAGGCUGGCUACACUGGAAAAGUCAAGAUUGCCAUGGACGUUGCCUCAUCCGAAUUCUACAAGACCGAGGAGAAGAAAUAUGACUUGGACUUCAAGAACCCAGACUCCGACAAGAGCAAGUGGGUCACCUACGAGCAGCUGGCUGACCAGUACCGCGAGCUCUCCAAGAAGUACCCUAUCGUCUCCAUCGAGGACCCCUUCGCCGAGGACGACUGGGAGGCGUGGUCAUACUUCUACAAGAACUCCGACUUCCAGCUUGUCGGUGAUGACUUGACCGUCACAAACCCCACCUUCAUCAAGAAGGCCAUUGAGACCAAGGCUUGCAACGCUCUCCUGCUCAAGGUCAACCAGAUCGGUACCAUCACCGAGGCCAUUCAGGCUGCCAAGGAUGCCUACGGCGCUGGAUGGGGUGUCAUGGUCUCUCACCGCUCCGGUGAGACCGAAGAUGUGACCAUUGCGGACAUUGCUGUUGGUCUCCGAAGCGGACAGAUCAAGACCGGUGCUCCAGCACGUUCGGAGCGUCUCGCCAAGCUCAACCAAAUCUUGCGUAUUGAGGAGGAGCUCGGUGACCAGGCUGUGUACGCCGGCAACAACUUCCGUACUGCCGUGAACAUGUAA